AAACUAGAUGACGGGCAUUUAAACAACUCCUUGGGCUCUCCAGUUCAAGCCGACGUGUACUUCCCACGACUGAUAGUUCCAUUUUGUGGGCACAUUAAAGGUGGCAUGAGACCUGGCAAGAAGGUGUUAGUGAUGGGCAUCGUAGACCUCAACCCAGAGAGUUUUGCCAUCAGCUUGACUUGUGGUGACUCAGAAGACCCUCCCGCUGAUGUGGCGAUUGAACUCAAGGCCGUGUUCACGGACCGGCAGCUACUCAGAAACUCGUGUAUAUCUGGAGAACGAGGUGAAGAGCAGUCAGCAAUCCCUUACUUCCCAUUCAUCCCAGACCAGCCAUUCAGGGUGGAAAUUCUUUGUGAACACCCACGUUUCAGAGUAUUUGUGGAUGGACACCAACUCUUUGAUUUUUACCAUCGCAUUCAAACGUUAUCUGCUAUCGACACCAUAAAGAUAAAUGGGGACCUGCAGAUCACCAAGCUUGGCUGAUGCUGUGUAGAGCCACCUCUGUUUCAAACAGGAUCAGGUGCCACAACUCUCUGACUCUGGGUGUGGAAGAAGUGUCCUCGCAAGAUCUGGAGACUUAAAAAGUAAACAAAAAUAUAAGGCAAGCUCCACUGUCUCUUCUCUCUGUGCAGGUUAAACCCAAAAGGACAGCUUCCACCGUGGUUUGCCCAUAGAAAGGAAGCGGUGGAGACCAAGACACCAAGCCAUUAUUCCCAGAACAAAGUAACACAUUUAUGCUGGAUUUUAUUCAGACUAGACUAACACGGAUUUGUGAUGAUUUGUGAAUUGGUAGCAAAUUAUUCAUCUUUUCAAAGCAAGAUGGUGUUUAGAAACAAAAGUGCUAAAGACGUUAAAAACCAACAACGGUACACCGAACUCAACACAUUUCUGCACUGAAGUGGAAUUGUGUAGCACAACCAACAUUUUAGUCAGGGUACUUACAUAGAAUGUAGGUUGUCCAAGGUUUGUUCGUUUUUUUUUUGUUUGUUUUUUUUUUUGGUUGUUUGUUUGCACAGCAUAAUGUUAAUUUAGAUGUUUCGAAGCUCUCUCGUAGUUAUUUAUUUAAACUCGACGUAUGUAUUAGAGAAUGAGCAACGUCUCAAGAACAGCAAGUUAGGAACUCGUGAAUGUACAAAUGUCUUAGUUCCAAGGGGAAAAUUACGUAUUACAAUCAUAAAACAGGCGAAUUUCUAUCUUAAAGAGUUGAGUGGUAUGCCCCAUCUUUCCUAAAGUGAAGAUCUCUUGAUAUAAAUUGCUGUAAGUGCUUUUGGGAAAACUUUGCAACAUUUCAAUAGAUCUACUUUUCAAGUGAUUGUCAAUUAUAUAAAUUCUGUUUACAUUGCUUUUUCUCCUUACUGUGAAUAGCACAGUAUUGGCUUCCCUAAGACAAAUCCACUAUCAAUAUUUCUCCCUAGAUUCACAGACUAGCUCAUUAACUUGUUAUUUAAAUUAAUCAAAAACACAUACAAGGUGUUACAUAGACAAUAUUUUAAAUGAUUGUUAUGUAAACCUUAAAAUUUUUUCAUUUGAAAAUAAAUCUGGAAUGCAGUAUAAAGCAAAAGCAAAUGGCCCCAAAUAACUUACUUGGAAGUAAUUUAUAUCAACUCAAAGCUGUCAGCUCAUUGUAGAACAUUUCUUAUGUGACCCUCUCUGAUAUCCCUAAGCAAUGCCUUUGGAGUUUCAAAGUCAGUGUUUCCUGCUGUGCUGACUCUGAGGAGAGUGUAGGAUAAGAAGGAUCCAGAUUAGUAAAAGAUUCAGUUGAUUAUCUGGAAGGUUAACUCCCAGGGUUCCAGGUCUCUCGGUCAGCCAAUAGCAUGACUGCUUCCAGCUAAGCUGUCCGCAGCUUCCCUGCCCUCAUGGACUGAUCCAUCAGUAGAUUGUCUCCAGUACUGUAAAUGUCACCUCAAGGCAAAGGAUGAUUGGAGUCCUGGGCACAGCACUUCACAAGCUGUGUUGCCCUAGAGGGAAGGACCCUUGGCAUUGCUCUGGUCAGGUAGUGGGGGAAGAAAGGGGUGCUGGGGUGGGGGUGUAUUUAUAUAUAAUUUAGAUUUUGUUUGUAUAGCAUACUGCGUCUUGUUAUGACAUGUCCUUGUCCUGCUUUGCUUCUGAGGGUUUUUUGGUUUUUUUGUUUGUUUUUUCAUUUUUACACAACAUGCAGAGGCACUGAAGUGGCCAUGUCAUUUUCAUGUGUCGAGAAUGUAGACAGUGUUUCAGUACCAAAGUCCAAGAUAAACAAAGAAAACUAAAAUUGUGAAUUUUGUAUAGCUGAUAGAUUUGAAUUCUUCUCCACUUUGAAACUGCUUAGCACAGUUCCAUUGUAUUAUAUAAGAAGAUACUGUAUCCAACCAGAGUGGCUGGACAUUAAAAGGCUGAAACGCUUUGUACCUGCCAACUUAGCCAUAUUCAGCCAUGAGGGCUGCUUUGUGGCUAUAGGCAUCUCUGAGCAGUGAUUAACUUCUCCUGGCUGGUGAAGCCACAUUUGGAGGUGUGUUCAUAGAGACUUAGAGGGUACCCUGAAAAGUAUUUGUAGAGAUUUUGAUUCAAUUUCUGGUGGAAGAUCCCCAUGGGAGGACUCGAGUCUUUCUGAGUGGCCAAGCCUUCCCAUCACUGCAUAAUUCAGCAGAAACUAGAAGAGCAAGGAGUGUCGCUGUGGGAAUUGACACUGCUCUCUCUGCCUAUCAGCUAACUCGUUAGCAGCCAAGCCCUUAGGCAGCUUAGUGUGAAAAUGCAGUGUUAACCCUUCCUUUCUCUAUGAGGUCAGUGGGAACCUCUUGGAUAAACCUAUUGGGAUUAAUCUAAAUGAGGUGAUGAUUGAUUUAGCUGCAGCUAAAUUAGUAGGGGGUUGAUCCAACUGCACUAAGUGGUUAGCUGUAAAUUGGAGACAAUGUUCACACCCUGUCCUCCACCUGUGAGGUCUAAGGUGGGAAUUUCAGGAUGGAAAGUGCAAUUUUAAAGCUUCACAGGAAAGGAUUUGGGUAUGUAAGGCAUUAUUUCUGACCAGAGCCCUAGUUUUGCAAUAACCAAAACCAAGGAAUAUAAAUAACAAUCAGGCUCUGGAGGAAUAAAAGGCAGGCUUCAGACAAUCUGUCCCUUUCUGCAGCAAAAUUGGAGUGAAUGUGUCUAUCUACUUCGAAGUCCAUAUAAGUGGCUUCUACUUUCUGGACUAUUCCAGGAUUGUCUUAAAAUUAUUAUUUUUUUAACGUUUGAAACCCCAUUUCAAAUCUUGCCAACCUCAGUUUAAAGCCCCCUCGGAGAGCGCUCUUAGAAUUGAUAUUAGAUUUAAAAUGACAGAUCCUUUCAUUUGUCCUUUAAAAACAUAUAUCCAAAAAGGGAGGGAGCCCUGUUGCCUUGAGAGAAAUGGCCUUGGCAUUUUCUGGUAUUCGUGUAGAAAUGAUGUUCCUAUGAUGACAUAUUUUCAAAGAAACACUUUCUUAUUUACUGUGUGGUGUAAAAUGUUGCUACAUGUGUUGUUACAUUAUGUCACUGCUGAAAGGUAUUUGCACUAUAAUAAAGGAAUUUUCUACAAAA